AUGAUGAUAAACGCGUCGCCGCCCUCCGAAUCGCUCAGCUUGGCCGUCAACUUGACGCUAUUCAAACGGCUCGGAUUCUAUUAUCUGUUCAAUCCGAACGGCAACACCAUUUGUGACGUGAACGUUGGCCGCGUUUCCGGUAUGAUGUUCACUCUGGUCGCUCAGAUUAUCAUUGUUUUUGGAGCGUUGGGACUCUUUUCGGUCGGAGAGGACGACGCUAUCGACCACACCGUCCGCGUACAGCUGCUGUUCUCCUACCUGAUUGACGCCCAGUGUCUGGUGAAGACUGCCACUUUCGUAUGCAAAGUGAACGGCAUCUGGCUGAUGUUGGGCGUAGCGCGCUCCGAUUUCUUGGCCGGUACACAGUGCCGCAGACACGUGACCGUUCUGUGCUGGUACCGCAGCCGGUCGGUAACGAUCACCAAUGUUCUGAUCGGUUUCGCGAUGGCGGCGGCCGUCGAAUGGGCUUUGUACCCUGUGGCAUCCAACUCACUGUCCGCGGAAGACACGGGCCAGUGGCGGCGGCAGAAACGUUUCGAGAACAUCAUCAACUUCCGAUUUCCGGUAUCCGUGCACACAUACAACGAGCGUUAUCUACUGUUCUACGCCGCCGAACUUUGGGUGACCGUAUUUCUGGUGUACGUAUACAUGAUAUUUGACGUUUUCUUCAUUUCGUUCUGCUGCGAUAUAUUAGCCCGGUACGAGAUGAUCGCACGAGCUUUCGAAAACGUCGGCUUUAACAAGACCGUAUUACUCGAUUCAGACGACCAAGGUAACAUAAGAAUAGUAAGUUUAAUGCAAAACAAGAUCAAGGGGUAGCCAAUAUUUAUCAACAGAGAUGUGUUUUAGAAGUCUAUGGGGGUUUAGGGGUCAAAAACCUUCUUUACUUAACUUAUAACUAUAAUAAACAAACAAUACGAGGGGGUUUACAACACCCAAAACCCUGGCUACGCCACUGGACAAGGUUGACACUCGGUUAGCAAUUACUUUGUUUUAACCUACCGUAUACAUUGUACAUACUUCUUUUAUGGUGAAACCUCGAAAAUUAUAAUGUUUGUGUUUUGGUGGCGGUGGAAUGGCGGACUAUUUAUAGUCAUAGUAUUUUCCGGGGUAAUCUGCAGUGAUUCAAGUGGGGAGGGACUGAGUUACAUUAGCCGUUCCCUUUAGUUCAAGUCCGGGGGAUGCUUUAGUUAUUGUCACUGAGGUAUUUUUAAUAAAAUUAUGAAAGUUCUAAUUAUUUUUAUCAAAUAUAAAUUCUUUAAUACGUAUACCUAUUGGAUUACAUUCCAAUAUUGUUUUAUUGUUGAAGAAGACCUGUACCAAUAAUAUUUUAUUAAAACAGUUAAAACGCGUACAACAAUGAAAAUUAUUUGAAGUUUAAGCAUUAUUAACAGCUGAUUAUGUACAGUAUAUAAUUUUCAGGAAACAAUAAAAACGAUCCUACGAACGACGAGAAUUAUGAAGAUUUCAAAUCGAUUCUUAACGAUCAACAAAAACUUUAUCUGUAAGCAGAUAUUGCUAGUUGUUAGAAAAUGUAUAAGGGGCUAGAUACUAUAUUUCACUGUUGCCAACUAUUUCUUUUCAAAAUAGAAAUGGUUCUUGUGCAUUAUUUUUCUACUUCAAAAUGUGACCUGCCAACGUGAUUAUUCUCAUUUCACCGCCUACUCCUUUAUUUCCACAUCAAAAAAUGUUUAAGUUUUAAAUUUCCACUUUAGAUACAAAUUACGAAUUUUAGGACGUAGGUAUUAGGUUUAGAUGUACUUGACAGAUUUUUAGUUUUUUCGAAGUUAGUAUUUGUUGUAAAUCGCUGUAUAACUACAAUAUUCCCUUAUCAUUUUUCUGACAACUAGUUAGGUCUCUCUGUAAGUAUUACCCAGUGUUCGUUAUUUAUAAUCUACAUUCAGGGGCGGAUCCAGGACAAGAUAAAAAAGAGGGCAAUCUUGAAAAUACAUACAAGGCAAAGAAUAAGGAUGUAAAUGAAGCUCAAAGUAUAUUGGGUCUAAGAGUAUACUAA